AUGGAAGACUUUCUGAACCUUUACCUUCUUACGUUCAACUGUGCCCGGAAUCCAAUACUGGUUGACUUGUUCGCAAAGCAUCUAUUUCAUGCACUUCCUUCUUCCGUUAGUGAUGGAAGGGCGGAGGAAGCCUUUGGCGCACCCGAACUGAUCGUUUUUUGCCUCCAAGAGAUAGCUCCCAUUGCGAGCGCGUUCCUAGGGGGCUCGUCUCUGGCCCCGUAUUUUGACGCCUUCGUCCAAGCAGUGGAUCGUGCGGUAUCGAAAAGAUGGGAUAUAAACUAUGUUAAUCUCGUCCGAGAGAAUUCAGGCAUGACGGGACUCAUGGUCUUUGUUCGGUCGGACGUCGUGGGCAGGAUAUCGUGGAUUGACACGGCUCACGUAGGAGUCGGGUUCCAGGAUAUGGGCAAUAAAGGGGCAGUCGGGGCGCGUUUGGGUUACCUGGCUAAAGAAAAUUCCGGACAGGACACUGUGGAUCUGACGUUCGUUGCGGCGCACCUUGCACCAAUGGAAUACAGCGUCAAGAGGAGAAACGAAGACUGGCGGGAAAUUGUUAAACGACUUGUCUUUUCCAGACAGGGGCUGAGUACUGAGGUCGCAGGAGGAGAAUCGGAUGAGAGUGUGUCUUUAAUGCGCGGUUCUAGAACGCCACUAGGCAUGUUUGCACCUACGGCCUAUCUCUUCUUUGCUGGGGAUCUGAAUUAUCGUACCUCAGAUACGUUACCCAAUAAGGAUGACUAUACUCGAUUUCCAAGGCCUACUACGGACGUAACCAGCUUGUUGCAUUACUCCCAACUCCUCAAGGACGAUCAACUUGUGCGAGAGAAGCGACGGCAGAGAUGCCUACAUGGCCUCACGGAAGCGCCCAUCAAAUUUGCCCCGACAUACAAAUACUCGGUUGCAUCACGCCGGGCAGCGGGCAGAGGAUCUGGAGACGAGUCGACCGAAUGGAAGUGGGCGCGGUACCGCUGGCCAAGCUGGACUGAUCGAAUAUUAUACCUGGAUACUCCAUCGUGGAUGCCAGAGCUGGGACACGUCAAGGCACAUGUGUAUGAUGCACUACCGCUGUUUCCAACGUCGGAUCAUCGUGCAGUUGCACUGUCCGUUUCGGUCCCCUCCAGGGCAAUUCGCGUGCCCGAAGGCAUAGAUGACACGACGGACGUGAGACUCUCUCCGCCGUUCCCCCUAGACCCGGACUGGAAAUAUAAACAAGAAGCCGCGAGGAACAAAGAAAUAAUCGUGGGCUGUUUGGCAUAUUUGGGAUUGACUUGGCAAGGUGGUGGUAUUGUGCUGGCGGCGGUUAUCAGUGGGCUGGGAGUGUGGUUUGUGCUUCGAACUCUCCUGGAGGGAUAA